CUCCGGCAUCUCCGGCGCCAUGUAGCCGGGUCGGCGGUUUGCAUGCGCAAUGCUCGGAUGUUUGAGUUGGCUGCCUCCCACCUCACUGUUGUUUGGAAAGACUUACUCGAGCUGUAAUACCUAUAGCAUAUCAUGAAAGCUUUCCAGGUCACCAAGUUUGCUCACCCGAAAGACAUCCUGCCAAGCGAUAACGUCCCAGCACCAGAGCUUGCACCAAAUGAGAUACUUGUUGACGUCUAUUCGGCAGGAUUAAAUUUCUUCGAUAUUUUACAAGCCACUGGGAAAUACCAAAAUCAGCCACCAAUGCCGUUUAUUCUUGGGUCAGAGUUCGCUGGGAGAAUUUCUAAGAACUCACCUAUCCCCCCUGGUUGUUCAUUUAAGCCGGGUGACAAGAUCUUUGGGUCAGCCCAAGGUUCAUAUGCUGAACAGGUUGCAGUGGAUGUGUCACGAUGCUACCCAAUCCCCAACGGAAUGUCGUAUGACCAAGCUGCUGGCCUAUUCCUUACUUGGCCAACUGCAUAUGAGGGAUUAACAGGGAGGGGGGGCAUCAAGUCUGGAGAUUGGGUGCUCGUCCAUGGGGCUGCUGGCGGUGUGGGGUUGUGUGCCGUUCAGAUCGCCAAAGCAUUGGGAGGCAAAGUGAUUGCCACGGCUGGCUCACCUUCCAAGUUGGAAGUGUCUCUCCGGUACGGAGCUGACCACGCCAUCAACUAUAGGCAGCCGAACUGGCAAAAGGAGGUAUUAAAAAUCACUGGCGGGAAAGGAGUCGAUAUCAUUUACGACCCUGUGGGAUUGAUCAAGGAUUCCUUGAAAUGCAUAGCUUGGAAGGGCCGUGCCCUCGUGAUAGGAUUUGCUGGAGGCCAAAUUGAGAAGCUACCCCUUAAUCUCGUUCUAUUAAAAAACAUAUCUAUCGUUGGCCUUCACUGGGGAGAGUACCUUAAGAAGGAUGUCAGUCGCCCUCCGGAAGUAUGGAAAGAGCUUUUUGAAUUAUGGAAAUCCAAAAGGUGCACUCCAAUUGCGUACCCUCAAGUGUUCCAUGGCCUAGAGGGCGUUUCGCAGGGUCUGGUAGCGGUUGAGAACCGUGAGACGUGGGGAAAGGCAGUUGUUAAGUUGCGUGAUGAAAACCUGUCUGCGAAGUUGUAGUAUUCUCGUGGGGGCGAUUUGCUAAUGAGAUGAAGAACAGUUCGAAUAAUUGCAAUUGGUUCUUGCUCAAAGCUUCGUUUUAUAUCCCAGCUGCUGUAUCUAAUAGAUAUCAGGACCAGCACCAAGCGCUCAUCCUGCAAGACGGGUGGCAAAUCCUUCAUCGUAUGUACUGCCAUGCACGGCUCGCACAUGAAAACAGC